ACGCUAGAGGGCACUAUCUGUCUUUAGUAAAUGAUGCGAUGUGGACAACUGCCUCCAUUUAAACUAGAUUAGAUCAUAUGAGUUUAAUACGUUUCUGUAGUUUACUAUGUCGCUACAUACAGUGUUCAGCAUUUCUAUUUCCCAGUUUUGGGCUGUUAUGUUCUUUGUCAGGCAUUGUUUUCGUGUUACAAGCUUGUGGUAGUUUUUAAGAUAAUUAUCAGAAAAAGUGCCGCAAACCUUGAUUUGUCUGAUUUAUGCUGUGAGAUUAUAUUUUUGAUGUAAUGAUAUUUCUGAACUGAAAAGUAGGUCAUUGGAUUAACAGUUUUAUCUCAGCUCUUCACUUUGUGCCAUUCAUGAGCCCCACGGUCAGUGUUGCAUGUAUUUAGUACCAAAGACCCUCAGAGACGGUGAAGAAUAAGGGCUAGACUAUCGAAUGUGUGCGUCUCCCUGACUCAACCAACGGGAGCCUACUCGCAUGUUCCCCUAAAAGGAAGUGGACCACUCCAUUGCGUCAUGCCAGAGCGUUCAGCAGACUAUCCUCCACUUAGCCACAUGAGAGCAGUGUUUUGAUUGGUCUACGCUCACUCCAAGCGAAUGGGGUGACACUUGCGGACUUGGUGGACAGCUCUGCAGGCCAGUGGAUGUCAACCGGUAUUGACGUGUAUGGUCUUUACCCAGUUUUUGCACAUGUCUGUUAAAACUCGUGCAAUGGAAAAGUAAUUUUAAACACGAGUAUGUGGUUGAUAUAUGUAGCCAACAAAGUAUGCCCUUCUGUUGAUUGUAUUAAAUUAUGUUUCUAAAUCAAAACAUAAGUGAGUGUUUGUAUGAGGUACCACUUUUGUUCAAUGUCAGGCAAAGGUUAACUUAACAUGUUGAUCUUACAAAUAUUUGUCGUAAUAAAUGUCCUAACUGUCCACGCCUGCUCUACACACAGCCGCAUGCAUCAAUCACUGAAAUAAAUCUACAAUUGAGUUCAAUGGUCAGCAAUCACUGCCACACUGCAAUAAAAGCCUCAGCAUCAGCUUAGGGGUAGCAGCCGUCACUGGUGACGCUUAGGGCACCGGGCCAUUUCGUUCGUUUGGUUCUUCCUUUCUCAGCGACUGCGUUCUCACCAACCUACGGAAAGUCGAGUUGCCAGACUUGCCCUGGGACCGAGCAUCCAAGGUUACGCAUCCAGAAAGCUAAAGGCGGGGAUGGAGACAUUCAACUAUCACCUUAAUGCAUAUAUUGACUCAUGGAUGGGUCCAAGGGACUCCCGAGUGCGAGGAUGGCUGCUGCUGGACAACUACCCUCCGACUUUUGCACUGACCGUCAUGUACCUCCUGAUUGUGUGGAUGGGACCCAAAUACAUGAAGAACAGGCCGCCAGUCUCCUGCAGAGGUCUCCUGGUGGUGUAUAACUUCGCCCUCACUCUCCUCUCCCUGUACAUGUUCUAUGAGCUUGUGACUGCGGUGUGGCAAGGAGGGUACAGCUUCUUCUGCCAGGACACUCAUAGUGCAGGAGAAACUGACCACAAGAUUAUCCGUGUCUUGUGGUGGUAUUAUUUCUCCAAGCUGAUUGAGUUCAUGGACACUUUCUUCUUCAUCCUGCGGAAGAAUAACCACCAGAUCACACUCCUACACAUCUAUCACCAUGCCAGCAUGCUCAACAUCUGGUGGUUCGUCAUGAACUGGGUGCCGUGUGGUCACUCCUAUUUUGGGGCCACACUGAACAGCUUCAUCCACGUACUGAUGUACUCCUACUACGGGCUCUCGGCCAUCCCUGCCAUGCGACCCUACCUCUGGUGGAAGAAGUACAUUACCCAAGGGCAGCUGGUUCAGUUUGUCAUCACCAUGGCCCAGACGAGCUGUGCUGUGGUUUGGCCAUGUAGCUUUCCCAUGGGCUGGCUUUACUUCCAAAUAUCCUACAUGGUGACCAUGAUCUUCUUCUUCUCAAACUUCUACGUCAAGACUUACAAGAGCCAUGGUGUGUCUAAGAAGGACUAUCAGAACGGCUUGGUAGCCACUAAGAAUGGCCACAUGAACGGGGUGGGACCCACAGACAGCAAAAGCUACAGGAAAUUGAGGGCUGAUUGACAUCUCCUCAAGGUCCAUAAGCAAGCCUCACUAUCUCCACAGUAGUGCAUAUCCAUAUAAUAUUGCUAGGGAGCAGUGCAAGAUUUCUUAUCAGGAACCCAUAGGAGAUUCAUGCAGACUUUAUCCACUGUAGAAAAAAGCCUACGCCAUUUUGAUCUUAGAGACUCCUGACGUUUUGCACACCAUGAUCUGUUAUUAUUCAUAUUGAAUCAAAACACGUGACCGUUGAGAUUAUGCAGUCCUGGCACUGGAGAUGUUGUGACCAGUGUCGGUAAAUACAUCUCAUAUGCAGAUUAGAGGACAAAACAUUUUUGUUGCUGUUUUUGUUAAUAUAUUGAUGACUGUUGAAAACAAGUAUUAGACUCUUAGUCUUACCAUUCCUCUUUAGUUGUCGUGCAACCUGGACAUAUAAGGGUUAUAUUUGAUUCUCUCAGUCUAAAUAUUUAACAUAAAGCAAGUUAUACUUCAAGUUAUACUACAAACCAACAAAUCUAUAUCAAAUGAAAUAAAUUGAUUUCACGUAGGAUGGCGCAACCCUAGCGAUUAUCACAAAUAAUGCAUAAUGGCUUCCUUUAAGCUUGCUUAAGCCUGAAUACGCAAUUGCAUGCGUUUAAAUGGCCGACUAGAUCAAUGAUAAACUAAGAGGUAAGGAAAUAAUGAUUUUUUAAUUUCACAAUAGUGCUUACAGAAAAUGAAUGAACGUCUCUCUCUCUCUCUCUAAAUAUUCCAACAGUAAAUUGGGUAAUAAUGUAUAAAAAAAACUGUAAAAUGGGUAAACAUACCCUGAAUGAACCUGAUAUGGCUGCAGUCUGAAAUAACACGUGUUUACCUCUCCAGCUCUUACUUGCCCGUCUGUGCAAAAUACAGCUCAACCAAUUUCUUUCUCAACAUUUUUUUUACAGUUACAUUUUUUUUUAUGGUUGUCUGCACUGAAACGUUCCAGACUGUGUUUUCUUUGUUCGGGAGCGGUUUUGAUGAAGGGCUGGUUUAAGAGACCACAGAUCCAAAUAGACAUUAGAUAGCAGCAUUGUUCCUUUAAAAAAGAGUCUUUUGACAUUCCCCAAGUCUUAUCCGCUUCAUUCAGCGAGUCCAACUGCCCUCCUGAGACAGAGCUGAACAUUAAUCUCAUGCAUUGAUGAUGACUCAGGAAAAAACAGGGUUCAAAGCCUGUAGAGAUGAUAGCCAUUCUUAGCAUCUUAGACCAAUGGUUGCAAAAACAAAAAAGUCACAUAGCAAUGAACAGAACUACAAGGUCUUUGCGUGAAUGUGAACCAACCUUGUGUUUAGGUUUAGAAGCAAUGGCAGUUCAAAAGGCUGCCACUUCUGCUACUACUACUGUACUUUUGUACCGUGUUGAUGCUGUUUGAAGUACCACCAUCUCACCAGGUCCAGGCCUAGCAUUGUGAAUGUCGACAGUAUAACUCCCCUUGUUAAUUUGAAUGCUGUUUGAAGUACCACCAUCUCACCAGGUCCAGGCCUAGCAUUGUGAAUGUCGACAGUAUAACUCCCCUUGUUAAUUUGAAUGUUGAAUGUACACUACUUCACCCUCAUGACUGCAAUGAAUGACAAGGCCCCAAACCCAACAGGAAGGGAUUGUGUGUGUAUGUGAGGGACAUGUCUCAAGUCUCUCAAAAAAUAUAAGUGGGCUGUUUCUGUCGAUUCACGCACACAGUAUCCAGUCUCCAGCAUACUAAAACAUGUUCUGUCCAUGCGCAGGUUCCAGUCUCCAGCAUACUAAAACAUGUUCUGUCCACGUACAGGUUCCAGUCUCCAGCAUACUAAAACAUGUUCUGUCCACUCAAAGCACUUGGUUUCAGUCUCUCUGUUGUCCAGAUGGCCAACCACAAAGUAAACGUUCACAUGUGUGUGUGUGCGCGCGUCCAAUAUUUGUACACUGACUUGUCUUAAGAAGGCGAACCAGUGCGGGACAGAGACCUCUGUGGCUUCACCAUUACAGCUAAUUCGUUAAAAUGAGACCAAUUCUAUGAAGGGCAAUUCAUCACACAUACCAAGCGCACAGAAUGUAGUAGAAACACAGUGUGUAUAUUUGCGAUACUCUUAUCUACUUUAUCCAAUACUGUCCAAAACGGCUAUAAAAUUGGUUAUGUCUGAUUUGGCAGAAAUACAGUCCAACAUCCAUGAGAUCAGUUAAAAUCUGUGGCCACAGUUCAAAUACAUGCCAACUGUGUAAUGAUUUGUGUGCCAGCUUUUCUGGAACCCUCAUAGCUUUGCUAUUCCCAUGUUUGUUAAUGUUGCAAUGUACAUGUUCGUGUAAGUUAGUUUUUUUUUUUUUUUACAAUAGCUUCUCUGUCUUUCAAAAAUUCCAUUCCAUAUUUCACUUAUUGGAAUAACUUGUUCCCGUUUGUUUUUGUUGCCAUUAACUGAUUUCCUGGUAUAUUUUGACCUACAUUUCCUGUGGCAAAUAAGCCCAAGAAUGUCGUCCACUGUUAUGUGACUACCUUUUUCACUUUUUAUUUCCCUGUGAUUGUUGCCUUAAUACUUGUGUUCAGUGCUUUUUGGUUUGCUUCAACAUCAUUGUCAUUGCAGUGUAUUAAAAAUCUUAAUAUGCUGUGUUGUCCAUAUGCCUUACUAUACCACAUACCAAAAGACCCCAUGUUGAACCCAGAGAUCUGUUCUUUCAAACAGCUUGGCAGCUAAUGGGCAUUUGACAAUUGAGUUGUCUGAUUGAAUUCUCCUGAAUAUUUAUGCCAGCCAAUCCAAUCACUGAACACAAGAAUGCUAACUGCAAUAAGUAAUGUUAUUGCUGUCCAUUUGGACACUUUUUUUCCAAACUGUAACACCCAAAUGUAUUUGAAAAGUGCCACUUUUUAAAUUGUCUAGACUGUUAAAUGUCCACACCUUCAAUGUCCACAAUAAUCCAUACUUUUACACGUGUAAGUGUAUUUUCAUUUUAGUUUUAAAAUGUGUUUGUCGUUUAUUUAUUUACCUUUGAAUGAAGAAUAAUUUGUGCUUAAUUUGCUUCAGGUGAAUCGCACCUACUUCUUGUUAGCGCACCACAUGACCCUGUACCCUGCCUUCUACAAGUACUGUUAAAAGUUAGACACCCCGUUGUUGAACUGUUCUGUCUGUGACAUUUAAAAUAAAGGUGGGAGUAUGCA